AUGGGCGCACAAUAUUCUUCCUUAAACGAUAUUAAAACGAACGAAUAUAUAUCUCGUUUCAUCAGUGAAGAAGCUAUAUCAGCAAAGGAUCCAUUUUGGAAUCAAUUUCUUUCUUUUAGUCAACAAUCUCCAUUCACACCAACAUACUCAAAAUUACUUGAUGAGUCAUGUUUAAUACAUCUCCAACAGUUUGUCUUGAAUAAUCCAAAAACCAAAAAUUAUGGAACAUUAAUUGAAGUAUUUAUUCGUUUCGCUAACAUCAUUCAUGAUGAUUGUAAAAAUUAUAUUGUUAUAAGUCAAACACAUAAUGCUUUAUUUAUUCUUCGUUUAAUAACAAAACAUCUUAUUGAAAUCGAUUGUGAACAAAAUCUUUAUCCAUAUUUUUUACCACAAGAUACUUCAACUGAACGCCCAUCAUUAAUGACUGCAUUUGUUGACACAUUAUUUCGUACUACAAUCACUCAACCUGUUGAACCAGAUUCAUAUAGUUUACAUUUGGAAGUACUAAAUACGUUACUUUCAUUAUUAUCUAUUCAAAUGUGUGCGAAAGAAGAUGUACUUAUUAGUGCUGUCUAUAGUAUUUUUAUGCAUAGACUUGAUUCAUUAUUAAUAUCGGAAUUUACACGAACUGUAUUAGAACAUUUUAUCAAGCAAACUGAAUGUCCAUCAUGGUUAUCCGCUGAUUCAUUUGAUAGAUCAAAAAAUGAUAGUGGAAGUUUAUUUAAAAUUGGACAGAGUGUUGCAAGUAGUUUUUGGUCAGUAGUCACUCUUGGUAUGGGUUCAUCAACAACACCAGCUGUUGCCGAAGCAACAGUAACACCAAUCGAUUCAAAAAAUACUCUUCGUAAUCAUCAUUUAGCAAAUCAAAAUACUCCAACAAAUUUGCCGGAUUCAGAACCAUUACCAUGGUUUUCUAUUGAUUAUCAUUCAUUAUAUGAUGUGCUUUGUCAAACAGUACAUACAGAUCAAAGUACAAUAUUACUUUAUAUGUUACUUCAUCGGAAUCAACAUUUUAAAGCUUACGUUAUAUCAAGAACAAAUAUUGAUCAAAUUGUACUACCAAUUCUACGAGUUAUCUAUACAGCUACGGAACGAAAUUCUCAUCAUGUUUAUAUGUCAUUAAUUAUACUUUUGAUCUUGUCCGAAGAUGAUUAUUUUAAUAGAACUGUUCAUGAUAUUAAAUUGAAGAAGCUUUCCUGGUAUACCGAACGAUCAAUAAAUGAAGUAACACUGGGUGGCUUACUAAUCUCUAUAGUUCUUCGUACAAUCCAAUUUAAUAUUGCACGUAUGCGUGACAAAUAUCUUCAUACAAAUUGUCUUGCUACAUUAGCAAAUAUGUCGUCACAAUUUCAAAAUCUACAUACAUAUAUAACACAAAGAAUUAUUUCCCUAUUUAAUUCUCUGUCACGUAAACAUUCGAAAAUCUUAGAUGUUAUACAGCAACAAUCGAAACAAGACGACACGGAAUCAGUUACAGUUCUAACAAAUAAUAUUCAAUCAGUAGCAUCAAAUGAUGAAAGCUUCAAUGAAAAUAUUCAAGAUCUAUCGAUUAUUGAAGAUGUUAUGAGAAUGAUUUUAGAGAUCAUCAAUUCUUGUUUAACUCAUACACUUCGAUAUAAUGUUAAUCUUAUAUAUGCUUUACUUUACAAUAGAGAGAUAUUUGAUUAUUACAGAACACAUCCAAGUUUUCAAGAUAUUUUACAAAAUAUAGAUACGGUCAUUACAUUUUUUGCUGAAAAAAUUGACCAGCUAGAACAACGUUCAGCUGAAUAUAUUAAAGAAACAUUAGAAAUUAAUGUUAAACAAUUUCCAUUAGACCGGCUAAAAAAAUUCCCAGACUUGAAAUUUAAAUAUGUGGAAGAAGAACAACCAGAAGACUUUUUCGUUCCUUACAUUUGGAGUUUAGUUCAUAAAUCGUGCAAUUUUCAUUGGUCAUCAGAAUCAGCUCUCAUGUUUUUACAACAACCGUCGGACUCUUAA